UGAUCUGAGCCAUCUAUAUAAGUCGGUUCUCCCCGUUUAGCUUCUGCAACAAAUGUCCAGAUAUGACGAAACUUCAAGUUGUAUCUACAUGUAUAAUUAGGUCAGGGAAACCCAUAGAGAGAAACUCCUCUAGCAAAAAAAUUCGGUUAACUCCAUGGGAUCUCCAACUCCUAACAGUAGAUCCUAUCCAAAAAGGACUAAUUUUUCGAAAACCAAAUCCACAGCAACAUAGAGAGUUAGCAACAUCAUCAGAAAUAAUCAAUCGCCUAAAAACCUCACUCUCUGAUACUCUAAAUUAUUUUCCUCUCCUCGCAGGCCGACUUGCUGCUAAUAAAAACAGUGAUAACACCUUAUCUUUCUUCGUUGAUUGCAGCAAUGAAGGAGCUGAAUUCAUUCAUGCCACUGCACCGGGCUUGACUAUGGCUGAUAUCUUGGAGCAAACUUACGUGCCAAAGAUUGUCAAAUCUUUUUUCCCACUGAAUGGAGUUCGUAACUAUGAAGGUGUUUCUAAACCUUUGUUGGCCGUGCAAAUCACUGAGCUAGUGGAUGGAUACUUCAUUGGUUGCACCAUCAAUCAUUGUGUAGCCGAUGGGACUUCAUUCUGGCAUUUCUUCAAUUCUUGGUCCGAGAUAUCGCGUACCAAAUGUUCUAAUCUUAUACUGAAUAAACCUCCAGUCCUCGAACGUUGGUUUCCUGAAUAUACUUCUUGUCCAAUUCACGUACCUUUAUCUAAGGAACAUGUCCAUGAUGAAUUCGAUUUGCCUUUGUUAGAAGAAAGAGUGUUCCAUUUUAGCAAGGAAAAAAUAGCUCAGCUCAAAGCGAAAGCCAAUUCUGAAUUUGGAACCGACCAAAAGAUUUGUAUCUCUUCAUUACAAGCCAUUUUGGCUCAUCUAUGGCAAUCUGUUAUCCGUUGCCGUAGUGAUGGUACUAACUUUGACGAAAAAUUUAGUUUCAAAUUACUUAUAGGUGCAAGGCCAAGGCUUCAGCCACCUUUACCUGAAGGCUAUUUUGGAAAUGCAGUCCAUUUUGUGAACGUGACCGCCACCGCUAAGGAGUUGUUGGAGCAUGAUUCAGGUUGGGCUGCUUUUCAAAUGAAUAAGGUGGUAGCCAUACAAAACCAUGAAGAGGUUAUGCAUUUUUACCAAAGUUGGGUGAAAAAUCCAAAGAUAGUGAAAAAGAGUGAGGUUGUGGCUAAUAGCUUAAUUGCUAGCAGCUCGCCGCGUUUCAAUGUAUACGGCAAUGACUUUGGAUGGGGGAGACCAGUUGCUGUGAGAAGUGGUGCUGGCAACAAACAUGAUGGGAAAAUGACAAUAUUUUGUGGGGCAGAACAAGGCAGUAUUGACAUUGAAGCUUGUUUGACCCAUGAAACUUUGCAUGCUAUGGGAGAAGAUACUAAAUUCAUGGGAGUUGUUACCGUUUAAUUUACGGACAUGGUUUAAAUUAUUACCAUCAAAUACUUUAGACUCGAUUCCAUUGUCAAUUUUUCUGUUGUUUUUAUUUAUUAUUGUGCGAUUGUUAAAACAAUGGAGUAAUAUAUCAAUUUAAUAAAUAUUUAAUAUUUAUAACA